AUCAAUUUGCGGCCACCUGAUGACGCAUCGUCUCCUUCUCAUCGCGCUCGCGGCCAGCGCCCAUGGCCUCAGCACGCUCUACGGAUCGUGUCCGGUACCCAACCCCGCAAGCACGUCGCCUUGUGUCCUUGGCGGCAACGGCAGCGUCGAGGCAACGUAUGCUGUCGAUACCAGUCUGCGCUUUGACGUGCAGGGCGCCGGCAUUGACGUCGUGCAGUCGCUCCCAGCGACGGCCACCAGCAUCAAUCUCAUCAUGAACGAAAUCACGUCGGUUGGCGCUAGCCCGGCGGCCGUCGUUCAAACGAUGAACUUGAGCUACAACCGCAUUUUGUCUCUGGACGCCAUCUCGAGUCUGCCAACGCUACGGACGCUGGAUCUGAGCUACAACAACAUUUCCGACGCAUCAACCUUGAGCACACAGCUCACGCGCUUUCCCAACCUUACGGCGCUGAGUCUGCGUGGGAACCGCAUCUCGGCGAUUCAAAACCCAAAGUUGCCGCCGGGUCUGCAGUCGCUGACCAAGACAUUUACGUUCCGAUAG